AGAUUUAAUUUCACGUAAAUGUUAUAUGUUAUAUGCUCCAGUGUAAGGUUAGCGUUUUCGGAUAUUAAAGUUACAUUUCUCUGAAAUGUAAAUAUAGCAUUUAGAUUUUUUUUUAUCAGACAGGUGAUGAAGUGAAAGGUUCCAACAUGUCUGCGCCCUUAGAGUAACAUCAACACAACGACUAAAGGUCAUGUGGAGGACCACCUGGGGCAGAUGUUUCAGACCAGGGUCUGGCGUGUGGCGUACAUGGAGACGCGGGCUGUGUUCUCCACCUUCCUCCUCCUCCUCCUCCUCCUCAUCGUCAUCACAGCCCUUACAGUCUCUUAGGUCUCAGUCAGAACAGGCCAAGCGGAAAAGAAAGAGAGAGAAGGCCAUACUUAGCAGCGAUGUUGGCAGUGUCGGGAUAAAAUGGUCAGAAAAAGAAAAAAUAUCAUACACUGCUGCAUUCUUGCCUGGAGAGAAGAAAGAUACCACUCUGCCCCUCCCGCAGUCCUACAGCCCAGAAUAUGUGGAGUCGUGCUGGUAUCAGUGGUGGGAGCAGCAGGGAUUCUUCAGCCCUGAGAAGCAUAGUGAGAUGCCUCACGCUGUGGAUGAAUAUUUCUCCCUCUGUAUACCACCACCGAACGUGACGGGCACGCUGCACCUCGGCCACGCUCUGACGGUGGCGAUCGAGGACGCUUUGGCACGCUGGCGGAGAAUGCGAGGCUACAGAGUGUUGUGGGUGCCGGGCUGCGACCACGCUGGGAUCGCAACACAGUCAGUGGUGGAGAGGAGGCUGUUACAGGAGCAUGGAAAGCGCCGGCAGGAUUACAGUAGAGAGGAAUUCCUGCAGGAGGUGUGGAGGUGGAAAAACGAGAAAGGAGAUGAGAUUUAUCGGCAGUUAAAGAAACUUGGAGCUUCGCUGGACUGGAGCAGGGCCUGUUUCACCAUGGACGCGAGUUUCAGUAAUGCCGUGACUGAGGCUUUCGUAAGGAUGUGUGAUUCAGGGCUGAUCUACCGCUCUGAAAGCCUGGUCAACUGGAGCUGUGCACUAGAGUCGGCCAUCUCUGAUAUCGAGGUCGACUCGAAGCAGUUAUCAGGCCGGACUCUUCUGUCUGUUCCUGGCUACCAGCGAAAAGUCGAAUUUGGGACCAUGGUUACGUUCGCCUACCCGAUAGAGGGACAGCAAGGAGAGGUUGCCGUGUCAACCACUCGUCCUGAGACCAUGCUGGGGGACGUGGCCAUCGCUGUGCAUCCUGACGAUCCUCGAUACCAGGCUCUCCAUGGAAAACAGUGCAGGCACCCGUUCACAGACCGACUGUUACCCAUCAUCACAGACACUAUGGUGGACAUGGAAUUGGGAACGGGAGCUGUGAAGCUGACUCCGGCUCACGAUCACACCGACUUCCGGCUCUCUCAGAGACACUCGCUGCCUCGCCUCGCUGUGAUCGGGGGAGACGGAGCCAUGACGUCCGUUUGUGGCCAGUGGCUCGAGGGCGUGAAGCGAUUCGAGGCCAGGGAGCGUGUGAUUAGUGCACUGAUGGAGAGAAAGUUGUUUCGAGGGAAGAGGGAUCACGCCAUGUCUUUACCGAUUUGCAGCCGAUCUGGAGACGUCAUCGAACCUCUGCUGAAGAAACAGUGGUUUGUUCGAUGUGAGGAAAUGGCACAGAAGGCAAUUCAAGUCGUGGAUGACGGAGAGCUGGAAAUAAUUCCUCACUUCUACACUAAAACGUGGAAGAAUUGGCUCGCUAACAUCAGCGAUUGGUGCAUUUCCAGACAACUUUGGUGGGGACAUCAAAUUCCAGCUUACAGAGUGACAUCACCACUUUCUCCCACACAGGAGGAGCAGUGGGUCUGGGGUCGGAAUGAAUCGGAGGCCAGGGAACGUGCCGCUGUCAAAUGUGGAGUGGACCCUACCGCUGUUGUUCUGACUCGAGAUCCAGAUGUGUUGGACACGUGGUUCUCUUCAGGUCUUUUCCCUUUCGCGAUGUUGGGCUGGCCUGAGCAGACGGAGGACCUGAAGGAGUUCUAUCCCAACACCAUUCUGGAGACAGGAAGUGACCUCAUCUUUUUCUGGGUGGCGCGGAUGGUGAUGCUAGGCACUGAGCUGACUGGACAGCUGCCCUUCAAACAGGUGCUCUUCCACUCCCUGGUGAGGGAUAAGCACGGUCGGAAGAUGAGCAAGUCUCUGGGGAAUGUCAUCGACCCUUUGGAUGUAAUCUCGGGUGUCUCUCUGGAGAGACUUCAAGAAAACGUAAUGGAAGGAAACUUGGAUGCGAGAGAGAGAGCAGUUGCGUUGGAAGCACAGAGGAAAGAUUUCCCAAAGGGUAUCCCAGAAUGUGGCACAGAUGCGUUACGGUUUGCUCUCUGCUCCUACAAAGCCCAGGGAGAGGACAUCAGCAUGUCCGUGUCUCAGGUCCUGAGCUGUAGACACUUCUGUAAUAAGAUGUGGCAGACGGUCCGCUUCACUCUGGGAUCUCUGCUGGACACAGGAGCUCCUCCGACACCACUGGCCGAGACCUUUCCUGCGUCAAGGAUAGACAGAUGGAUCUGUUCGAGACUUUACAGUACAGUAGUACAGUGUGAUAAAGGCUUUGAGAGCUAUGAGCUCCACACCGUCACCUCCGCUCUGCAUUCCUUCUGGCUCCACAGCCUCUGUGACGUGUAUCUGGAAUGCAUUAAGCCAGUUUUGAAGCAGGACGUGAAUGAAAAUGAAGAGAAGCAGAUCGCCACUGCUGUGCUCUAUCAUUGUGUGUCCAUUUCUCUCCGCCUACUUUCUCCUUUCAUGCCUUUUCUCACGGAGGAGCUCUGGCAAAGAUUGCAGCCCUAUAGCCCAAACCCUACUCCAGCUCCAUCCAGUGUGUGCGUGCAGCCAUAUCCAACAGCCUCUCAGCUGGGGCACUGGCACUUUCCUGAAGAGGAAACGGAUUUUCCAUUGGUACAGGAAGUGGUCAGGGUGGCCAGGUCACUCAGGGCCCAGUGUCACAUGACGAAGGAACGACCUGACAUGUGGGCAGUGUGCACAGCAGACCAGGCACAAACACUCCACAGCUUCAGUCACGCUAUCUGCAUCCUGGGCCGGAUCACUAAUCUAUAUCUGCACUGUCCUCAGGAGGGUACCAGCUCCCUGUCCUUCUCCCCUGCACCACCUCCACAUGAAAGGAGUACCAUUGGGGUGACUGACCAUUCAGUCCAGUUACACCUUGAUGUGCAGAGUUGCAGUAAUAAUAACAAACAGACGAUCGUACUUUCUGAGCGAAGAGAAAAACUUCUCAUUAAACUUGAGCAAUUCCUGUCUCGGACAAGAGUACCAAACUACACAGAGAAGGUUCCUGACCACGUUCGGCAGGAGACGGGGAAUAAGAUCGCUGCACUGGAGCAGGAACUAAAGAGCAUCGAGAAACAACUUUUGGCUUUGGAGCCGGUCAAAAAAGACUCUAAGUAGUUAACAGUUUGGUACCGAAUCCAAAUAAUGUAGAAUAAAAUGAAUUAUAAUUCAGUGCUUAAGCAGGAAGAACUAAAACCUUUUACUGGUCCAAGCUGAAAUAUAAAGAAAUGUCGUUGUACAAAGUAUUUGUAUGCAUCCAAAAUAUUGAAAUAAAUUAUUCAUCAUGU